UGGGUACUUCUUUUCCUCCUUUCAAACGGAGAUAGCAUCUUGGCCAAAGUUUAUUCCUCUUCUUCUUUUCUCAAUUUGAAGUUCUUCAGGACAAGUCAAGCGAAGAUUGCAUCUUGUCAAGAGAGAUUUAAGAAAGUAGGGUAUCAUUUGACAAUGGAGAAAUCAGAUAUGAUUUAGAAUGGAGCAACAUGAUUUGUGCAGCCUUUAGUAAUCCAAUUUGAAGGAAGCUUGGUUAGUGAUGAGCAAGCUAUUACACUUGCUCCCAAUACCUGUAAAUCAGAUCAAGCCCGGGAAGUGAAACAUUUUAGAGGAUAGAAUCAGCCCAGGCUGCAUUUGUGAAUUCUUACAUUAUCUCAGUAGAUAUGAGAGUUCUUACAUUAGCCCUUUAAUAACUUGAACGUUUUUGUUUACUGGAUUUCUCUUUCACGUUUAUAAAGUAUAUUUGAGAAACUGAAAAUUGGGAGGUCUAAAUGAGUCGUUUUACUGGUGAACUAUGAAUGGAUUUCUAUUACAAUGCUGUGGACAUUGAGCAGUGUCUAUCGGAAUCCUAUAAAUGUAGGUGACACAUUUGAGAGGUUCGAAAUUUAACUCUCCCCUGCUGCAAAACUUAGUAUGAGAGGUUACAGUGACUCAAACUCGCCCCACCAUAACAGUGUGAAUCUAUCUUAUGCCUAGUUGUGAACAGAGAGAAGUCUGAACUCUUAAAAAUUACAUUACCUUUAAUCUAAAGCCACAUUUAGUAGAGGAGUUUUAUUUCUAUAUGUUUCAAGACCUUUUUUUGCUUCACUAAUACUAAGCAUGCAAUCAUUAUGAGCCCCACCGAAAUUUCCUACAAUCUUGGGUGACCACUUUGACGUUGAGUGGAGGGUAUUAUUUUGAAUAUUUUCCAGAAGCUUGUGGGAAUGGUCUAAACUAUGAUUUUUCGUAAAUUCUCAGUGUGAAGACUUGAUCCUGAAACAUUAUUUUUGGUGGCUACCUGUGCCAAUCUGAGCCUUGCGAGAUGGCGGUUAACUGUGUUCAAUUUGCCUUAGAUGUUCUAGAAUCAAUACGAUGCGAAUUCCCUGAGUGGAAAGCAUCUCGACUUGGGCAACUGAAUGUGCUACUGAGAUUUCUCAGGACAUUCUAUAUGUGUGGAAGGAAGAGGUGCAAAGUUGUGCGGUGUGAAACCAUCUUACUUGACAUUGAAAAGACUGUUCAUGAACAUGCUAGGCAACUUCAGUCUAUUUGUCUCGGAUUGAAGAAUGCCAAUGAUCGAGUGAUAUCUGAUGCGAGAAAGCUUUUCCGUAAGGGGAUUAAAGAAUUUUUUGUUGGCAUCAAUCGUUUUCUACGAGAAAUGAAGGAGUUGUACCUGAUUUUCUCUGAAUGCUCGUUGGAAACUAGUGAUUCUUUGCAGGAAGUCAAACUUGAGGAUAUUAUGGACUCCCUUCUUGACAAUUUGAAAGAUAUUUUGCAGUUUAUGGACUCCAAUGGAACCCCCACAAGUCUGAUUGAGGGACUCGAAGGAAACAUAAGAUUCUUGAAAAACUUCAUUCUUCUCGCCAUAUGUCAAGGUCUUCAGCAUAGACAGUUGGAAGAUCUGUUGUCUCACAUUGAAGGCUUGAUUGUAAAUGGUGCGCGCCUCACCUUCAUGUGCCGGUAUGGCGAUAAUCCUCAAAUGAAUCAUGUCAACGAACUUACCAGAAGGAUCAAGCCUACUGAAUACCAUAUUUGUAAGAUUUAUGUUAAGGUCCUGCAGGAUGUUUCUCUGGGGUCGUUGCUGUCAUCCCACCCUACCACUCCUGGAAGUCAAAGACCUGUGUUUCGGGAUUUUGUUGAUUCUCUCAUCUUUAUUCUUUGGGAGCUAUUAUCCAUCGAUAAUAGUUGUGCAGACACUUUUAGCCAUCACUUGCAAGAACUUUUUGGGGACCUUACAUUCUUGAGAUUCAUUCUGAGGGUGCACCAAAAGAAAUUGGAUGAGCUUUAUGAGAAGCUGCAUGAUCUAAUUAAAGUUGUGGUUUGUGAGGCGGGAAUUUUAGUUUGUUAUCUUUUCCUACAAGAAAAUGAAGGAGGAAUUGAUAAAGAACUGAAUAUUCUUUUUUUAGAAUUCAAGGAGAAGUUUAAGCUUAUCAAGGUAGAAGAAAAGACACAGAAAUUUUCAUUCUUGAAAUCAUCCAAGUUUCCUCAAACUGACAUGAUGAGGUUUAUUGAUUCGGUCUUGGAAAAGUUAAAGUUUCCCAAUCCCAAUGAGGCUGAUUCAGCUGCUUUAGCAAAGAGUAAGUUUCGUACUAUCCACCGUGAUCUUGCUUUCUUAAGAUCUUUUCUGGUUGAUGUUACCUUACAGUGUGACCAAAAUGAGAAGCUCCAAGCUCUUCAGAAUCGUAUUGUUGUGGUAGCUUAUGAGACAGAGUUUGUUCUUGAUUCUUUAGAGAUUGGUGAUGCUAUUCAGGAUUUGCUUGUGCUGGUUGAUACUAUCAUAGAAGAGAUCAAGCUUAUUAAGAAUGAGGCCUUGGAAACAUUUCACAGCAAGAGGCAAACAUCCAAAGUCCAAAAUAUUGUUAAGACUAACAGUGUCAUUCCAUCAACAGGUGAGAUCCCAUUAUUGGAUGAGUCUGUGGUGGGCAUGGAGGAUGAGGCAGAAACGAUAAUCAGUCAACUCACAAGGGGUACAAAACAGCUGGACAUUUUUUCCAUUGUAGGUAUGCCUGGAUUGGGCAAAACUACCUUAACCGAAAAAAUCUAUAACGAUCCCUCUAUCGUCUUGCACUUUCAUGUUCGUUCAUGGUGCUGUGUUUCACAAGUAUACAGCAAGAGAAGUUUGUUACUUGAGAUUUUAAGUGGUGUUAUUGAUGAUAUUCUUGACCAUAGAGAAGACGAUUUGGCUGAAGUACUCUACAAAAAUUUAAAGGGAAAAAGGUAUCUCAUUAUUUUGGAUGAUCUUUGGGAUACUUCGGCAUGGAAUAGUUUGAGAAGUUCGUUCCCAAAUGAUUGUAAUGGAAGCAGAAUUCUAUUGACAAGUCGACUUCAUGAUGUGGCUUCGCAAAUCAAACCAGAUCGUGAACCUCACAAUCUUCGUUCACUCAACAAAGAUGAAAGUUGGGAACUAAUGCAGAAGAAGAUAAAUAAUCUGGAAGGAUGUCCUCCUGCACUAAUUUCACUUGGGAUGGAAAUUGCAGAACUAUGCAAGGGGUUGCCGCUGAUGAUUCUAAUUGUUGCCGGAAUUCUCUCAAAUACGAAUAAUGAUACAUGGAGUGAAGUUGCUGAAGGUUUGAGGAAAGGUACUCUAUCUACUUCUGAACAAUGUCUGCAGACUUUAGAGUUAAGUUAUUCUCAUUUGCCUGACUACCUGAAAUCAUGCUUUCUAUACUUUGGAGCAUUUCAAGCAGACCUACGGAUACGUGCUCGGGAAUUGUUAUGGCUAUGGAUCGCUGAAGGAUUUGUAGAGAGAACUGGAAAAGUGUGCUUACAACGUGUUGCAGAGGGUUACCUGUUGGAGUUGAUACAAAGAAAUUUAGUUAUAGUUUCUGAGAAAGGGUUGAGAGGCAAGGUCAAAUAUUGUGCUGUUCAUAACCUCUUGCAUGACUUCUGCAUGGCGAAAGGAAAUGAAGAAUACUUUCUCCGAUGCUUGAAAGAGUAUGAUCUCGGUACUUCCAUUGAGACAAACACAUCAUAUCGGUUGCUUGUGCUAUGCAAAAUCGAGGAUAUUGCAGAAUCAAGAGUUCUUUCUCCUCGUUUACGCAGUCUGUUCUUUCGUGCUGAUUAUGAAGAAAGGUAUGCACGGAAUUGGUACAAUAUCUUGUACAAUUUAUGCCAGUCCAGACUUUUAAGAGUAUUGGACUUACGGAGAAUCAAUGUUGGCUCUUUCUUUCCUAGAGUAAUUGAAUCACUUGUUCACUUGAGGUACUUGGGCUUGAGCAUUGAAGCUCCAUCACUUACCAUCCCAUCAUCAAUUGGAAAACUCUCGAAUUUGGAGACUUUUAUUCUUGAAAGGUGUCGAGGAGAUGUUUCACUGCCAGAUACUGUGUGGAAUAUGAAACUAUUACAACAUUUGUGUCUUACUGGUGCACUUGGUUGUUGGAAGUUUCCCACAGAGAAUCCUGAUGCUAGCCCCAAUUUAGCGAAUUUAGAAACUCUUUCCACUGUAGUUUUCCUUUCUGACCAUACGAUGAAGGAGAUAUUGAGAAAGUCUCCAAAUAUCCGAAGACUUAACUGCAAUCUCGGUGCUACAGGAGACACUGGGGACUGCAUGAUUUUGGCACUAGAUUUUAUGACUCAACUGGAAUCACUCACUAUCAAUCAAAUUCCGCACGACUUUCAUUACUUGCACUUGGAGCUUCCUUGGAAUCUUAAGAAACUAGUUAUCUCAAACUUUCAUCUUCCUUGGAGUAAAAUUUCGGUCAUCGGUAACCUGCCGAAUCUUGAGGUUCUUAAGUUACUGAAGAGUGCAUUUGUUGGAAAGAUAUGGGACCUGGAAGAAGGGUCGUUUCCCAAACUCAGAUUUCUAAAGUUGGCAGGCUUACAUUUAGCUAGGUGGAAUUGGUCAGAGUCUGAAGAUCAUUUUCCCUGUCUUAAUAAACUAGUGUUGGAAGGAUGCAGGUACUUGGAGGAAAUCCCUUCUGCUCUGGCUUACGUUUCUACUCUUCAAACAAUCGAGGUUUUUGGCUGUAAAUCUGCCACCAGUUCAGUAGAGAUAUUUAAGAAAACUUUGAUGGAUAUGGGAAAUGAGGAUCUGAAGAUCAUUAUUCAACCUACACGGCGGAAGCGUUAUUAACCUCAUGGUCAGAUUGAGAAUUUUAAUCUUGUCAUCAGUGAAAGAUCACAGAAAAUAUUCUACAACACUAGUCCUCCUGUAAUAAAGAGCCUGUAUUCUUGUACUGUUUCAGUAGCAUGUUCAAUAAAACGUUCAAGUGUUUGAAAUUUGUGUAGUUGAAUAGGUAUGCAUCCAUCUGGGAUUCUUUGCAAUCUGAAUGAGUCCAUCUAUUUGUUUCAGAAAGUUUUGAAGGAUAUAGAGAUCAUGAAGUGUAAGUUAGAUUUUUCUGUAUCUUUUUAGUUUGAUACCACUGCUUAUCAGUGCAUUUGUAGCUCAUGGAUCUGGAUUGCAUACACACAAGUGCCUUUCCAAUAACUUUAAUGGCGACUAAUGCUGAAUUGUGGAUGUCUAAAGUAAGUGUUUUUCUCUCUCAAGUCUUAAUCAUUUACUGCUGAUUUGAUUAUUGAGUUCUGCUAAUUGGUUUCCAUAUCUUUUCUUAAGUAUGUUUAUAUUGGUUUAAUGGAGAAUGGUCUCUGAAAUGUAUUAGUUAUAGUUGAU